AUGUCGCACCCCCAGGAUGCCGGCUCUCCGGUGCCUCCAGCCCACCGCAAUCGAUUCCCAACGCUCUUCGAAGUCCUUAGUAGGACAACCAGGCCACCGCUGGAUCUCUUCUCCUUCUACAUCUACAUGCGCGACCAGCAGCGCUCUGUCGACUACUUGGACUUCUGGCUUUACGUCCGACGGUUACACAGGAGCAUGAUAGAAGAAACUCCUGAUCUCGAGAAAAACAGUAGGCGUUCAUCCUACAUGUUGAACAACGCUGGAGAAGGCCCUUCUAACGAGAAAGGUGACAAUCUGUCUGACCAGCGCUUGUCCGCCUUUCUUCGUUCCGACCGCGGCAGCCGCAACCACUCGCCACAAAACAGUCAGGGUAGCAAUCAGAGCCGAGAGUUCCCGCGUCCAAGCCUGAACUUACUAGACACUCCGGGUGAUUCCAGCUCACCCGGCCAGAACUCGUCCACUGAUAACACUCAGCCUAGCAGAGAGGACCUGCGCGCGUCGGCAGAGAAGAUUCUCUACACGUACUUGCUCCCUGGGUCCGAGCGGGAAAUAAUAAUUCCCCAGAGUAUCCUGACCGAGGUUCAAGAGGCCAUAGAAGGGCCAGAGCAGCGUGCGGAUCCCGAGCUCUUUGACAGUGCCAAAGACUACGUCUUCCAAGCCAUGGAGCGCGACGCAUACCCAGGUUUCUUGCAGAACAAGGGCCUCGGCAACCUUGUGCCCCAGAGCAUGAUGCUCCGUCUCAUAGUAGGACUGAUCAGCUUCUUUGCGGCCAUGUGGACGUCGUUCAUCCUUAUAUUCCUUGACAAGUCAAGAAGCACGCGCUGCUGGAUCAUCCUCCCAUUCACUAUCGCCAUCUACCUCAUCUUCACGCACCAGUACAUGCUUGACCCAAUCCUCGCCCUGGCUGGAUUCAGCGAGUACACCUUCUUCGAUUUCAACCGCAUCAGGGAGCCAUUCGUCAAGAAGACGCUGAACAGGCGCUCCAUUACUGUCAUGGUCAUGUUCCUGGCUGUCACGGUAGCUGUCUGCUGCCUCUUCAUCUUCGUUCCAGGCAAGCGCCUGUAA